AAAAAAAAAACAAUUAAAACAAUGUAUAUAAGGAUCGCCCUUACUGUCUGCGUGGUGUAUUUCCUGACAUUGACAUGGAGCAUGGGAUUGAACAGUGUUCAAUUAAAACAGUUCAAAAAAUAUUUUGAAAAUCACAAAAAGUGUACCGGUGGAGUUAGCGAAGAGGAAAUUGAACAAGUCGUGAAAGAAUCCUUUGGAAUAGAAUGGAAACAAACUGACAUUUAUUUUGGAUACAGCUCAGAUGAGCCUGAUUCUAUGAAUUUAUUUUAUUUAUUGGGUGCAUUGGCGGAAAAAGACAACAUAAUACCCGACAAUAUCAUCUCCGACAAGGACGACAAAGAAAAAGACAACAAGAUCCCCGACAGUAUCAUCAUCGACGAGGACGACAAAGAAAAAGACAACAAGAUCCCCGACAGUAUCAUCAUCGACGAGGGUGAAAUACUUACGCCUUUAGAAGUAUACUUUUACCUGGAUGAGUUCAUUGCAUGCGCCAUGUCUCAUCGGCAACCGGGAUAUCUUACUCUUCAACAGCUAUCGAAAGUCUUUAAGUAUUGGACAACGAUAAAUAGUAGAUUGAACGCAAAAUCAAAAGAACUUGAAAUCGAAAAAGGCGUUCGCUAUGUAAUAAACUCGGCCGACUUCUUGUUGAUCAUGUUGGAAAUAAAACCAAAAGGCCGUGGUCUGACCCUGCCACAAUUAAAAAUGUUUGUUGCUUUGUACGAAGCACACAAGACAUCCAAUAGAAUUAAUGCUGAGGCAAGUAAACGAGUGUUCCAAAAUCUUGGUAUACAAAUAGAUGACUAUUUGAAAAAGCUAUUUAAAUCCGACCGACCCGCUGGAAAAUUGUUGAUGGAUUUAAUCAUCGUUGCGGCAGAACGCAAUACGGCGGUCAAGGAUAAUGAAUUGAUGGUGUUAAGUCCAAGCGAGGUCGUGUUUGCCAUAAAAGAGUUCAAUAAGAUGAAAAUCGACAACGAUGGUUUAAUGUCCCCUUAUGAGUAUGCCGGCUUCAAGGUAGAGCCAAGCACUAUUUUAAAAUCGAAGAAAUGGUCGAAAGAAGUCAUACAGUAUUUAAGGAAAUUAGAUGAUAUUAAAACAUUAAACGUAGCGGAAUACAUGGAAAUUUUAUUGUUCGUUGAAAAACAUGUCGAAAGCAAUCCAAAAGAUGUCAUAUUCGAAUUUAGAUCCGAUGACGAUAUGUAUGGUAGCUUCGAGAACGACCACUUUAUGACAUACGGUAAUGGUACCGAUAGUGAUAACGAUUGUGAUUUUACCAUCGAUGGUAAACGAUGGUGUCAAUAUUGAUGACUCACAUUCUUAAGCAAUAUUAUUUAGACAUUUUCAAUAACCAUAUUGUAUAUUUCAAGUAUUUUUAUGUGUGUAUCAAUUAAGAUAUUACGCACU